UUCGUCGUGUGAACGUGUCCAGGCUUAAUUCAAUUUAACGCUGCUAAAGUCGACCUAAACUCGUAGUGUAGACCAGGCCUAACACAGGUGAGUCAGAUUGAUUCCAGCUAUGUGUUUGUCCAUGUUCAAUUAAGACAUGGGAGCUUUUGUAAGAGUGUCACAGGCAGGAUGUGCAGGUAUGGUGUCUCUAGCCUCUGUUUUCCAGAAGCUGGGAAUGGGUGACUGGAUGGAUCACUUGAUGGUUACCUGUUCUGUUUUUCCCUCUGAAGCACCUGGCAUUGGCCACUGAGCUAGAUGGACCAUUGGUCUGAUGCAGUGGGCAGCUCUUAUGUUCACAGGCUCUAUGAGGCAUAUCUACUCAUUUGGACUCUCUGGGGAACCACAGAAAGAAACAAGGUGUGCUGAGGCAAGAAGGCCCAGUCUCAGAGCCCCUGGGGUCAUGCUUGUCAAAACCUAAAACUAGUUCCAGCCCUUGAAAGGGGGCAUUGCCAGGACAGACUGUAUAAAGGCUGGAGCAUCAAACCACUUUGUAAACCAAGACAGCUACCUUGGGGACAAUGACAGGGAGAAUCCCCAAAGUGACUCCUUUGAUUCUUCUCUUCUCACCUUUGGUUCAUAGAAUCAUAGAACUGGAAGGGACCUCGAGAGGUCAUCUAGUCCAGUCCCCUGUAUGCAAGGCUACAAAAUAACGUCCACGUUUUGCUCCAGAUCAUCCCAUCCUCCCAGGGGGAAGGAAAUGGCUGCAAUGGAGCUGGCUCAGGGUUUCCAGUUUCCAAACCUGAUGUGAUCUUGCAGCUGGAACGAGGGGAAGAGCCAUGGGUUCCAGACCUCUACGGCUCUGAGAAAAAAGUGCUCCCUAGAGCUGCCUUCACAGGUGUUGGGAUGGUGAAUGAGAAUGAGGAGAAUCCCCAGCAGGACGAUGCUGAGAAAGUAGAACCACAUGGAACAUUAUCAGGAAGAUCCAACGUGAAUGUUUCCAGGAGUUGUGCACUCCCAGAAAAAGCAAAAGCCUGUGAGACUCAGCAGAGGCCAGAGGAAAACCUAAGUAGCCUCUCAGACCUUAUUACACACGAGAGAAUCAACUUGGAAGAUACACGCUACAUAUGCCGUGAGUGUGGGGAAAGCUUCAAUGGGAGCUCAGAGCUUUUCACACAUCAGGGAAUCCACAGAGGAGAGAGACCCUACAUGUGCUCGGAGUGUGGAAAAUGCUUCAAUCGGAGCUCACACCUUAUCUCACAUCAGACAAUCCAUACGGGUGAGAAACCUUAUGGAUGCUCUGAGUGCGGGAAACGCUUCAGUCGGAGCUCAUACCUUAACACACAUAGGAGAAUCCACACGGGUGAGAAACCUUACGGAUGCUGUGAGUGUGGGAAAGGCUUCAGUUGGAGCUAUGCCCUUAUCGCGCAUCAGAGAAUCCACACAGGAGAGACGCCCUACACAUGCUCUGAGUGUGGGAAAAGCUUUAAUCGGCACUCACAGCUUAUCACACAUCGGAGAAUCCACACAGGAGAGAAACCCUACACGUGCUCUGAGUGCGGGAAAUGCUUCAGUCGGACGUCAGCCCUUAUCACACAUCGGAGAAUCCACACAGGAGAGAUGCCCUACACAUGCUCUGAAUGUGGGAAAAGCUUCAAUCAUAGCUCAAACCUUAUCUCACAUCGUAGAAGCCACACGGGAGAGAUGCCCUACACAUGCUCUGAGUGCGGGAAAAGCUUCAAACAGAGCUCUAGCCUGAGCAGACAUCGUAGAAUCCACAGUGGAGAGAGACCCUACACGUGCUCUGCAUGUGGGAAAAGCUUCAAUCAGAGGUCAUUCCCUAUUAGACAUCAGAAAAUCCAAAUGGGAGAGAACUGUGAGAAAUGCCUUGAUUAGGGCUGGCCAAAGAUUUCUUUAAAAAAAAAAAUCACAUUUGCUAAUUCCAAUAUAGUGAUCUUUGCACCAUCUUCACCAGAGUCUCUCAGCUUCCCCAGAUGAGUUCCCUGCUUCUGCAGCUCACCCUGCUUUAGGGUCAGUCCUGUGAUCUUUUCUAUCAAUUCCUUUCCUUUUGAGUCGUAGGUGUGUGUAAAAAGAACAGGAGUACUUGUGGCACCUUAGAGACUAACAAAUUUAUUAGCGCAUAAGCUUUCGUGGACUACAGCCCACUUCUUCGGAUGCAUAUAGAGUGUCCCUCCAGCCAGGAAUGUUCAUCAGCUCCAGGUGGGGGAGAGAGAUUUGAUCCCAACAAGCUACACUGAGGCAAAAACUACCUGGGCCUUACAUCCACUAGGACUGUACAUGACGUUGGCUGCUCAAGUUAGUGAUCUUGGUGUAAAAAGACAAUUAUAGUUGUAGUGCAGAUGCAGCCCGGUUGCAGUGGUUGGCAUUAGCUUUCCCCUUGACCUAACCUAAACUCCAUCACUUUUCUUAGUCUAAACAAACCCUGAGCAUCACGGUUAUACUGUUCCCCCAUUUCAAAGCAAUUGUUAGUCAUUAAGUUUCCCCUUCGGGAACAAAUUAUUUCAUUCCCAGUUGCUUUGAUGUUGCUUCAAGUUUUGCUGGAGAGCAGAUAUUUUUAUUACCAUUUUCCUCACUUAAAAUAUAUUGAACUAUAACAACGAGCAGGAACAUGGCAGGGAUAGGGAAAAAUGUCAUUUCACCCUCUGUAACAACAGAAGAAGUUAGGGUAAGUCAGAGAGAUUCCCUUAUUCCUCAUCACCAUCUCAACCCCCCUGUUGUUCAGUUGGUUAGGUCAAUAUUUUUCCUAAAGGGUUGGGAAGAGGGUUUCUUAGUAAAUGACAUGUAAGUAGGCAAAAUACCCAUACAUUUGGCUCCCAAAGCAGUUGUGGCCCAGGCCCUGCAUGAGGUCUCUCCUUAAGAUAUCUCCUUCCUAAUCAGGUGCAUGUUGCCUAUUAUUUGGGAAAUGCAAUCCCUUUCUAGGUAGAGAUGAGAAAAAUGGAAGUGAUGUUUCUGUUGAGAUCACCCCUGGGAGAUGCUGCAAAUGUGUAGAAAAUGGAAUCUGUGUUGAAUGUGAUAUAGCUGCAGAAAGAUACCUGUUUUUAAUAGAUGCCUGACAUUUGUUGUCUUAUAGGGAUUCUAAACUGCACCUGAAUUUAGUCCCUAAUUUAAAUCUGUGCCACCAGAUUAAAGAAAUAAAAGGGCAUAUUUGGGGGCGUUAUACCUCA